GCGCACCCCGCGUCCUUCCUGCUUCCGGGAGCCGCCGCGGGGAGGAUUUGCCGCAGAUGACAUCAGCUGUGGAUGCUGGUCCUGCACCGUCUCCGUAUAAAAGCGCCGCCACCUCCCCGCCCACCCUCAUUCCCUGCCUCCUGCGGAGCCACCGCCGAGCAGCCCUUCUCCCCCCAGCGCCCCGGAGCUGCGGGGUGGAGCGGGGUGCCCGCGAUGGCCACCGUGGUGGUGGUGGAAGUGGACUCGGAGCCCUCCUGUAGCAUCCCAGACCCCACCUCCUUCUCUCCUAACCUCUCGCAUCGCUUCCUGGACAGCAAAUUUUACCUGCUGGUGGUCAUCGGCGAGCUGGUGACCGAGGAGCACCUGCAGAGGGCUAUCACCAACAUCGAGCGAGGAAUCCGAUCGUGGGACACAAACUUGAUUGAAUGUAACUUGGAUCAAGAACUGAAACUCUUUGUGUCUCGCCAUUCAGCUCGAUUCUGUCCUGAAAUUCAAGGUCAGAAGAUUCUUCACCACAGAAGUGAUGUCUUAGAAACUGUAGUCCUGAUCAAUCCCUCAGAUGAAGCAGUUAGUACUGAGGUGCGCUUAAUGAUCACAGAUGCUGCAAGACACAAGCUCCUUGUACUAACUGGACAGUGCUUUGAAAACACAGGAGAACUUAUCCUUCAGUCAGGGACCUUCUCCUUCCAGAACUUCAUUGAGAUCUUCACGGAUCAAGAGAUUGGUGAAUUAUUGAGCACCACACACCCUGCCAACAAAGCCAGCUUAAAUCUUUUCUGUCCUGAGGAAGGAGACUGGAAAAAUUCCAACCUUGACAGACACAACCUUCAAGACUUUAUUAACAUUAAACUCAACUCAACUUCCAUAUUGCCUGAAAUGGAAGGACUCUCUGAAUUCAAGGAGUAUCUGUCAGAAUCAGUAGAAGUGCCAUCACCCUUUGACAUUUUGGAACCUCCAACUUCAGGAGGCUUCUUGAAACUCUCCAAACCCUGCUGUUAUAUUUUCCCAGGUGGAAGAGGGGACUCCGCGUUGUUUGCAGUGAAUGGAUUCAAUAUGCUUAUCAAUGGAGGAUCUGAAAGAAAAUCUUGCUUUUGGAAACUUAUCCGGCACUUGGACAGGGUAGAUUCCAUUCUACUCACACACAUUGGAGAUGAUAACCUGCCAGGAAUCAAUAGCAUGCUUCAGCGAAAGAUAGCCGAAUUAGAAGAGGAACAGUCCCAAGGGUCUACUACCAACAGUGACUGGAUGAAAAAUCUGAUCUCACCUGAUUUAGGAGUUGUAUUCCUUAAUGUACCUGAGAACCUGAAAAACCUGGAUCCUAACUUUAGAGUAAAAAGGAGUGUAGAAGAAGCUUGUUUUACUCUCCAAUAUUUAAAUAAAUUGUCUAUGAAACCAGAAUCUCUUUUCAGAAAUGAAGGAAAUACCAUUGACCCCAUCAUUUUAUUUCAGAAAAUGGGAGUUGGCAAACUUGAGAUGUAUGUGCUUAAUCCUGUCAAAAAUAGCAAACAGAUGCUAUAUUUUAUGCAACAGUGGAAUGAUACUAGCAAAGAUAAAACUGAGUUCCUGGUACCAAAUGCCCAAGAACUAGACAUUCUAUUAUCCUAUUUCACCUCUGUCUCAUGCCUGAUUGUGUGGCAUCCAGCUAAUCCUGCAGAAAAAAUAAUCCGAGUUCUGUUUCCUGGAAACAGCACCCAAUAUAAUGUUCUAGAAGGACUGGAAAAACUCAAACACCUAGAUUUCCUUAAACAACCAACAGUUACACAAAAAGACCUAACUGGGAACAUUGCUAGUCCAGCUGUGAAACAAGCCAAGUUGAAACAACAAACAGACAGCAAGGAGAGUCUGAAGCCUGCUGCAAAGACACCAAGCAAGCCUGUCAGAAAGGAAUCUAAAGAAGAAACACCAGAGCCUGCAAAGCCUAGUCCAGCACUGGAAAAGCUUCAGAAACUGGAAAGCAAAGAAAAAGUUCCAGUUAAAAAAGACAAACCAGCAAAAGGAGAGAUCAAACCUAUAGGGGCAGAAAAAGACAUAACUAGUAAAGAGCAGCAAUUAGUAAAAACUCCUGAAAAGCAAGUUAGAGAUGUAAAACCAAAAGUGGCAAAGGAGAAGCCAGUGAAAAGGGAAGUCAAAGCAAAACCUGAAGAAAAGAAAGAGGAAAAAGAAAAACCAAAUAAAGAGGUUUCUAAAAAAGAGGAAAAAACACCCAUCAAAAAAGAGGAAAAAACAAAAAAAGAAGAGAUCAAGCAAGAAGUUAAAAAGGAGGUGAAAAAGGAAGAGAAGGUAAAUAAGAAGGUAAUAAAAAAAGAAGCUCCACCAAAGGAAGUUAAAAAAGAAGGUAAAAAAGAAGAGAAGGAAGAAAAAGAAGCCAAAAAGGACAUCAAAAAGGUUUAUAAAGAAACCAAGAAGACAACUGCUUCUUUGACUGAAUUAAAAAAGCCAGCAGCAAAGCCUAAACCACAAAACAAGGAGGAACCUCAUAAAAAUGAAGCAGCACCUACUGGAAAGCCAAAGGAAAAAAGAAAAGUUAAGACACUGAAGAAGGAGAUCAAAGUCAGUGGAGCACAAGCUGCCCUUGCAGCAGUUGGACCCACUGCCACAACUGUAGCAGCUGCAGAAAUUACAGCUAGUGGAAAAGAACUUGAAGUGGAGAGAUCCCUUAUGUCUUCACCAGAGGACUUAACAACGGAUUUUGAGGAACUAAAAGCUGAAGAAGUAGAAACAACAAAAGAAACAAAACCUCAAGUUGCACUUGUAGAGGAUGAACUGAAACUCACUGGCACAGAACAAAAAGAGGUAUUUGAAGUCUCAAAAGAGGCCUUUGAAGUCCAAAAACAAAAAUUAGAUAUUGAAGGACCUGCCGAGUCCUCUGAUGAAGGCAUAACUACCACAGAGGCUGAGGGUGAGUGUGAACAAACACCUGAAGAAUUGGAACCUGUGGAAAAGCACAAGGUUGAUGACAAUGAAAAGUUUGAAGAUGAGGGAACUGGCUUGGAAGAAGCAUAUGAAGCAGGAGAUUAUGAGGAAAAGGCAGAGACAGAAGAAGCUGAAGAACAAGGUGAAGAUGAGGAAGUAAAGACACCACUGGACACCACAAAACCAGAUAUGGAGAAAGCAAUAAAAAUGGAAGAGAGUUCAGAAGAAAUAUUGGCUGAAGCAGAUGCUAACAUUAAAGCCAAAAAAUAUAUUGAAAAGGCAGAUGAUGAAGCAUCAGAUGAACGGGCUAAGGAAGACAGGGAAAAAACAGUAGAAAAGGCAGAAACUGAAGAGACUGAAGAAGAGGAGGAAGACAAAGCAGAAAACAGAGAUGAAGAGGAGACUGAAAAAACAGAAACAGAUCAUGUGAUGGCUGUGGUAGACAAAGCUGCAGAAGGUGGUGAAAUUGAAGAUAAAUGUGGCCUACUCAUAAUUACACCAACAAAAUACUCAGACCCUCAGUCUCCAGCAGUUGAAUUGGCCUCUUCUGUCCAUGAUGAAACAUUACUUACUGGUUCAGAAAGUGAAGCCACUGUUUCUGAUGAAGAUAGAGAAGGUCAGCCUGAGGAAUUCACUGUUACUUCAGGUUAUACACAGUCUACCAUCGAAAUAUCCAGUGAACCAACUCCAACGGAUGAAAUGUCUACGCUGCGGGAUGUCAUGAGUGAUGAAACUAACAAUGAGGAAAGUGAGUCACCCUCUCAAGCAUAUGUGAACAUUACCAAGUAUGAGACAUCACUGUACUCUCAAGAAUUUGCUAGACCUGAACUUUUUCCACUUCCAGAUGCUUUUAGAGGAUUAUCAGAAGGAUCCAAAACAGAGGCCACAGAAGGCAAAGACUAUAAUGUCUCAGCUUCUACCAUCUCACCACCUUCUUCUUUAGAGGAUGACAAAUUCUGCAAAUCUGCAUUUCAAAAUGUAUAUUGGCAAAAAGGAAGUGAAAUCCAAGGCGCCUCCAAAUUAGAAAUCAAAGAACCCUAUCCAGAAGAUGGUGGAAAACAUAGUCCAGACAAGAGUCCAGCUGAAAGUUUGCCCCCUCCAUCACCCAUUGCCAAAACACCACUGAGUGAACGCAGUGUGAACUUUUUGCUCACUCCCAAGGAGAUCAAGAUCUCGACUGAGCCUGUCACCAUUGCUACAUUGCCUGAUGUACAUCAAGAAGUUGACAAAGAACACUGUGCAAGCCCUGAAGAUAAAACGUUUGAAGUAGCAUACCCCUCACAGUCUGCUGCCGGUAGUGCUGGCCACACACCUUAUUAUCAGUCUCCCACUGAUGAAAAAUCCAGUCAGCUUCCCUCUGAAACCAGUGAAAAGUCAACAGAAGCUCCUGUUAGCUUUGAACUCAGUGAAGUCAAAGAUGAGUCUGCAAAACCCAGAAUAAGCCCUAUGGAUGAGCCUGUGCCAGAUUCAGAAUCUCCUAUUGAAAAGGUUCUCUCGCCUCUAUGGAGUCCACCACUGAUAGGUUCAGAGACCACUUAUGAAAUGCUUUUGAGUGCUGAUGUAAAGUCUCUCACCAGAGAUUAUGGAAGUCCUUCUGAGGGGAAACCUGAAAAAGAAAAAUCACCUGUUCAGAUGAGCCCAGCUUCUGAAGCCAGCUCUGUGGGCCUUUUCCAAGAAAAACAAGAUGAAAAAAGCAUAGAGUUUACGGUAAUUAAGAAAGGCUUCAGCCUAGAAAAGAAGAUGGAGGAUAGAGAGCCCAGUAGCUUCCAGUCUUCACUGGUCUUGGAUGAGCGGAAGUUAGCAGGUGAGCUCUCACCUACUCAAAUAGAUAUCGGUCAGUUCGGUUCCUUAAAAGAAGACACCAAAAUGUCAAUUUCUGAAGGCACUGUUUCUGACAAGUCUGCAACUCCAGUUGAUGAGGUUGUAGCAGAAGACACCUAUUCCCAUAUAGAAGGAGUAGCUUCUGUCUCUACAGCAUCUGUUGCUACUAGUUCAUUUCCAGAACCAACUACUGAUGAUGUAUCUCCUUCUUUGCAUGCUGAGGUUGGAUCCCCCCACUCUACUGAAGUUGAUGAUUCCCUUUCAGUGUCAGUUGUACAAACACCAACAACAUUUCAGGAAACAGACAUGUCUCCAUCUAAGGAAGAGUGCCCAAGGCCCAUGUCAAUUUCUCCACCAGAUUUCUCACCUAAAGCCACAAAAUCAAGAACCCCAGUGCACGAUCACAGAUCUCCUGAGCAAUCAACUAUGUCAGUAGAAUAUGAUCAGAAGUCCCCUGAGCAGUCUUUAGCAAUGGACUUUAGUAGGCAAUCUCCAGACUAUCCUAUUGUUGACACUAGUAUACACCAUAUAUCUGAAAAUGGACCAACAGAAGUAGAUUAUAGCCCUUCAGAUAUACAGGAGCCUAUUUUUACACGGAAGAUUUUCCCUGUGGAGCAGUCAUAUUACUGUCAGGAGAAGGACAUUUCAGAAAUUAUUUCAGUUGCUCAAAUUGAAGUUUCAUCCUCAACUUCAUCAGCUCAUACACCUUCCCAGUUAACUUCACCACUGCCAGAAGAAACUUUUUUAAGUGCUGUUCCACCCAGAGAUAUGUCACUACAUUCUUCUUUUACCUCAGAAAAGGUGCAGAGCCUAGGAGAAAAGCUGUCACCAAAGUCUGACCUAUCUCCAUUAACUCCAAGGGAAUCUUCUCCUCUGUACUCUCCUAGUUUUCCAGAUUCACCUCCUGCAGUCACGGAAGUGGUAACAGCUAGUCACACAUCUUUGUUAUUGCUGCAAGUGUCCUCUGUCAAAGCAUUUGGUUACCAGGAACCCCUAACAAAGCACAGUCCAGAACAUUUAAUUAGCCCAGAAAAAGAAGAUUCAGAGAAAAGCAGCAGGUCACCAGAAGAACUUAGUUGUUCUUACAAGGCCCCAAAGAAAAUUACUAGGUCACCAGAGGGUAUUAGCUAUUCCUAUGAGGCAGUUGCAAAAUCUGGAUCACCUCAAGCCACAGAUUAUUCCUAUGAUAUAACAGGGAAAGAUACUAGGUCACCUGAGGCCACAGAUUAUUCUUGUGAGAUGCCAGGGAAAACCACGAGGUCACCAAGAGUCACAGAUUAUUCCUAUGAGAUAGUUGGGAAAACCACCAAAUCACUUGAGGUCGCAGAUUAUUCCUAUGAGAGAACUGGGAAAGCUACCAGAUCACCUGAAGCCACAGAUUACUCAUUUGAGACAACUGGGAAAUCCACCAGAUCAUCUGAAGCUACUAGCUAUUCCUAUGAAGCAAAUACACAUUUUACUCCAGGAAAAUCGUUAUCAGAAUCCCAUCAAGAUGUUGACUUAUGCCUUGUGUCCUCCUGUGAAUAUAAACAUCCUAAAACUGAACUUUCACCCUCAUUUAUCAACCCAAAUCCCCUUGAGUGGUUUGCAAGUGAAGAACAGUCUCAAGAUCAAGAGAAGCCAUUAACUCAAUCUGGGGGAGCCCAGCCACCUUCUGGGCGACAGUGUGAUGAAACCCCUCCCACAUCCAUGAGUGAGUCUCAGACUGAUUCAGAUGUUCCCCCUGAGACUGAGGAAUGCCCUUCCAUCACUGCAGAUGCUAACAUUGACUCAGAAGAUGAGUCAGAAACCAUUCCAACAGACAAGACAAUUACAUACAAACAAACUGACCCGCCACCUGUCCCAAUGCAGGAUCACAGCCCUUCCCCUAGGCAUCCUGAUGUCUCCAUGGUUGAUCCAGAGACUUUGCCCACCAAUCAGAAUUUGGGUAAACCUUUGAGGAAGGACAUAAAAGAAAAGACAAAGACAAAAAAGCAGGGUACUAAGACCAAGUCACCUUCUCCUGUUAAAAAAAGUGAUGGUAAAUCAAAACAAGUGGUUUCACCAAAACCAGCUGUAAAAGAAUCUUUAGACAAAAUUUCCAAAACAGUUUCCCCAAAAAAGAAGGAGUCUGUGGAGAAGGGAACCAAAAAUGUCUCUAAUCCAGAAGUAAAGUCUCGAGUGGAAGAGAAAGAUAAGGACACCAAGAAUGCAGCAAAUACAACAACAUCCAAGUCAGCAAAGACUGCAACCACAGGACCUGGGAAUAGUAAGUCAGCAAAGUCUAUGGCAGUGCCUCCAGGACCCCCAGUGUAUUUGGAUCUGGUGUAUAUUCCCAACCACAGCAAUAGCAAGAACGUGGAUGUUGAGUUUUUUAAGAAGGUGCGGUCAUCCUACUAUGUAGUGAGCGGAAAUGAUUCUGCGGCCGAGGAGCCAAGCAGGGCUGUUCUGGACUCCCUGCUGGAGGGCAAGGCCCAGUGGGAGAGUAACAUGCAGGUGACCUUAAUCCCAACCCAUGACUCAAAAGUGAUGAGGGAAUGGUACCAAGAGACCCAUGAGAAACAGCAAGACCUCAACAUCAUGGUUUUGGCAAGCAGCAGCACUGUUGUUAUGCAAGAUGAAUCUUUUACUGCAUGCAAGAUUGAACUGUAAGAACAAGACCAUGCACCACAAGAUUGAACUUUGUUUCCAGAAAUUCUUCAGUUUGAAAACACCUUUUCUAAAAAUUGAACCCAUCUAUUUCAACUGCUGAACUGUUUGCCUGCAAAAUGCUAUAGUGUAUCACAGUGAUGCAAGUCACUAAUAUUUUUCAGUCUUUGCUGAUUGCUAAAGAAAAUAACAGCAUUCCCAUAGUAGGGUUCAAAUUAAUGCAAAAAUACAGAUCCAGUUUCAUCUCUGCUGAACAUUUGGAAACUAUGUACAAGCAUCCCCAGCUGACUUCUGCCAGGUAGAGGCAUUUGCCCUCUAAAGAAACAAAAAGGGAGAGAAAGAGAGAGAGGAGUAGGAGAAGAAAGUAAUAAAUAAUUAGAUCUCCAGUAGUCUCAUGGCAAUAGCUGUAUCACUUACUGCAGUUUGUUUAUGCACUCACAUGAAAAGGUUUUAAAUUUUUAUCAGUCUGAGCUAUCACAAAGGAGGUCCUUACUUUAAAGAAUUAAGUUAGCUGGAAAAAAAGAAGCAGCAAAAUGUGACUAGGAAGGGACGUACAACCUAAACGCUCAUUAGCAGUUUUUCACUUUAAUUUGAACUCUGCAUACAGACAUACCAUAACAAUCAUAGGCCAAAUAUGCAUGUAGUCUGAACCCUAUUCAGAAUUCUAAACCUUGUCUUUCAACAUGCAGAAUUGUUGGUCUAAGGCAUGCUCCCAGUAAAAAUCCACUCACUCUAGUCAGAACACAUGCUUAAACACCCAUGUCCACUGUCAAUUAACUGAAGCAAAAUACCAAAGCAGUUGGGAGUAAAUACAGUAGACAAUUUGCCUUAGAAAGUGACUUGAAUGUACAAAUAAACUUGAUGCACUUUUUUUUUAAUCUUGAAACAGCAAAUUUAUAAAACAUCUGCAUAGGAUCAUAGUUAAACCAGUAAAGAAGUGUGAGUGUGCACGUGUGAUACUAGAAACCUAUCUGGUCAAACAGCUUGGUGCUAUGAAUUACCUAUGUCAGUUCUGUGAACAAUUAAUUGAUGCACCAAGACAGCUCAACAAGGCAAGAUGAAUAUAUUUUUUUGAAAGCUUCUUUUGUACUGUGGAAGCAAGAUUGAAGUGGUGUCCAGUAUCAGAGUUGCAAAACCUAGUGAAACAUUCAGGAUUAUGAAAAAGGUUACCUGUGAGUCUGUACAGUAAUCAACCUUCCUUUGUCUUACCUUAUUUUAUUUUUUUUAAUUUAAGAGUAAAUAUGGGAACAACUGUACAGAAACCUUUUUUGUUGUUUGUUUGUUUUUUUAGUGCUGUGUGAACUUCUAACAGAUUUUUAACAAAAGUUUUCAUUUACAGGAAAAUUAAAAGAAAAAAUUUCCAGGUGAAGGCAAUAUUUUUAGUAGUUUUGUAAGAUAAAUUAAUAAUGUUGUUUAAGGUUCUAGUGAAUGGAUUUUGAGGUAAGACUGAAAAUAGCAAACUGCCAAGACCUUUUUGGGGAAAGGGGGAAGGGGCACCCUGGUGAUAAAAUUAACCUACUGAUAAUGACAUAAAAUGGGAUCUGAAAUGUUGAUUGCCUAAUAUUUACAAGGGUGUAACGUACAUUCUCAAUCCUCACAGGAUCUUGAAAAAAGAUAGAAUAAGCAAUAAACUAAGUCCUUUCCCUUUCCUCCUUCCUCUCUCUCUUCCUUUCCCCCUUCCUUUCCUUCUCUAGACUGCUUGCAGCAGAACAGCAUAUAGAACAGUUGUGUCAUUUAAGACAGUUUGGAUUUUUUAGUCUCAGAAGUUUUAUUCCAACAAAAAAAAAAUUGUUACAUUGUAGAAGGUUUGCAAAUCUGAAUUUAAAGCAAGUGUAAAGGCCUCCAAAAUGAAGAUAUGUGCUGGUCUGUAUGAUUCACCAUUAUGACUGGUAUUAAGUUUCACAAUGUAGUGAACUAUGACAUCACUUUAUUUUCUUUACUUAUAAUUUAUUUCAAAUUUACAUUGUUAUGGUAUUUUUGUUUAAUAGGUAUAUGUUUGCACUCCUAAUUUUUAUGAGGCUUUUUUUAUACUUCUUUAGGGCUCUUUAAAUGUGGGCUCCUAAGGUAUGUUUAAUGCUGUGAAUUACUGUUUGUCAAUUGUUGGGUUUUUUUAUUUAUUUUUAAUGUCUUUUUCUUUUAGGUAUCUCUAGCAAUGUUGUUUUAUUUAUUACUAUACCUUUUAAGUCAUUAACUCAUAAUGACUAUAGCAGAAAACACAGAUGGAAAUGUGAAAACAAGCAUGUUUCCUGGACUCAUAAUUAUUCACUUAAAAUUGCUUUUGUAAUACAGUCUUCAAAGUGAUAGGCAAAAUGUUUGGCAGAAUAGUUGUACUAUUUCUACAAUUCUGUUUUGCCUACUUUUUUAUAUAGAUCAGAUUUCAAACUUUUUGAGUGGAUGGGAACAGAUUUUCUCAUUUUCUGACAAUAUAUGAAAUGGUUUGUACCUCUGCUUUGGCAGAAAAUCUAACUACAGCAGUGGUCCUGAGACUAAUCUCACUUAUGCCACUUACUCUUGUGAAUCAGGAGCAAUUUCACUACAAUCAGGGAAGUUAUAGUAAUUUGGUCCUACUGUGAAUAAGAUUAGAAUCAAGCCUUAAAUCUCCCCAAGUAAGUUUGUGAUGACUCAAGCAUUUGUUUAACUUUAAAAAUAAUAAUAAUUAGACGAUUACAACCAAUCUUAAAAUGUUCAUUCAUUUUUUACUAUUCUGAGGUAUUGCAAUGCCUGUUCCAUCCAUUCCCUUUUAAACGGUACUCACACCUGGGUGUAACACAGCAAUGACCUCCUCCAUUAGCUUCUCUUGCCCUUAAUGUCUUUCCUGCCUAUGGAACUAAUCUGACUGUGCUAAUCAUAAUACCAUACAGUUAGUUUAGUAACAGUCAUCAAAAUGUACCAUGUACAUUAACAAUAAGUGCCAUUGAUCAACAUAGAUUUCUAGGAGCAUGUUUUGUUAUUGAUUAAUUAUGAAGAUUCAAUAGGAUACUCAAAUUAUGGUAUUACCCACAACAACACCGCAGUCAUGAUCUUUAUGCUAUUACUAUACUGCUUCAUAAAAUUCAAUGAAGUAUUAACUAUAGAGAUCACGCCCCACUCCUAAACUUGAAUAGGGCCGCUCUUGCAUGCCUUUUCAAAGACCUGUGGUGGGCCUGACUUCAUUGACCUCUACUUUUCACCUCAUCUUUCACAGAAUUCACUUUUGAUUUUUUUAUUAUUAUCUUACAUACUGUGGUGAAUGGAGCUGACUGCGUAUAUGAAUGUUUUUUUUUUUUUUAAUUGUCUACAAUAGCUUAUGCAUUUUAGGAGAGUUCUGGUACUCAUUUACUAAGAUUUAAUCAAUUUGUUAAUUGCAUUUUCAGUCCCUCCCACCACAAGCAAGUCAGCUCAAAAGAGCACUUACUGUGCAUUUAGGACAUUUCUGUCAUAUGAUUCUCUUUGUUCAUCUGUUGCAAGAGGUUCUUGCUCAGUAAUGAUGUUUUGACAGAAAUAGUCAUUUUGUUGGUCUGGAUCUAUUAGAAAAGGAAAAAGUAUAAUGCUUACACUUGUAAGAAAUUGUAAGCUUUCAUCUUUUCACUUAAUAGAACAAAACACUAAAAGCAACUAGGGGUAAGCAUUUCUUAGAAUGUAAUUAUAUUAUUCACCUGGUUUAAAAAUGUUUGCUAUUUAAAAUUUUUAAAAAGGGUAAAAAUUCUGUUUUCAAAAAAAAUCUAAAAAGAAGUAACUAAAUGAAACAGCGGUGUAAAAACAUUGACAGAAAAAAUUAAAAAAAUAGAAAAAAAAAGCUUCUCUGC